AUGCAAUAUGCAGUACUGCAAUUAUAGAAUAUCUUUACAGAGAUUAGCGAUUGCUAAUAGAAAUAGAUUUUAAUUGCCAUUUUCUUUUUAGCAAUUAUGGCAACGAUACUUUUUCUGUUUUAAAUUUGUAAUUCACGAUAAAAUAAGCGAAAUAGAAAAAAAUUAAUUUUGAUUGGAACUUCUGGUGAAGAAAAAACAAAAAUAUUUAAUCUAGUAGCCGAAAAAAACAUUAAGAGUUAAGCAAUUAAAUUAGAUAUUGACUAGUUUUAAGAAUUUUCAAUUGGUAAUAAUUUAGAUUUAGUGAAUUCCCCUUUUUCUAUUGAAAAAGAUGUUUCUAAAGAAUAAAUAGAAGAAACAAUAUAUUAAUUGACUAUAUACUACAAAUAAAAUAUCAAUGAUAUAUAAAGAUUGUAUUUGGUUGUUAAUUUUGAAUAAAUAAUCAAUAUGAAAGAAUAUUUUUUGGAAGAUGCCCAACACUUUAAAAAAUUUUCAAACUUAAUAGACAUUUUUGUUACUAAUUUUUAAUUGAGCCAAGACUAAAUUCAUGACAAAGAAAAUCUAGUAAAGGCAUUUCAUCAUUUGAAUUAUAAUAAAAGUAAGGUCCACUUUAUAAGGGAUGAUAUUAAAAUUGAGGAACUUUAAUAACUUUUAAUUCAAAGCGCAAAUCAGUUUGAUUACAAGGAUACUCUUUUUGAAGAUGUUGAUGAAAUUGAAAUAGAACAUUUAACAAAUUUGCUUGCCAACGGAAAAAGAUAUCAAAACAUUUAGAUUUAAUCAUGA